AUGGUCCACGAAAGCUUGACUGUCUCCGGUCGCAGCCCACAAGGAAGCCCCAGCUCGGCAGUCUUUGAUCUACCAACGCAGUCCGAAAGCCAGUCCCGUCAGAUCCAGUCUCUAAAGCCACGUCUCUCUCUGCCUCCAACCGACGUUCCGAGUUCUGGCCCCUCAUACGUCAUUCUAUCUGGAGGAACGGGCUGCAAUGCAAUCUGUUCUGCUUUUGGCCAGGCUUGCUACGUUCUUCCUGUAUCUGAUGAUGGAGGCUCUUCAAGCGAGAUCAUCCGCGUCAUUGGUGGACCAUCUAUCGGAGACAUCCGUUCCCGGCUAGUCCGAUUGAUACCACCAGCCGAUCCAGGCUCGCCACUCGACGCUCUCAGGGCUUUAUUGGCUUACCGACUCCCAGCCAAAGCCUCAGAGGAGGAAGCUAGAGACGAAUGGCGGUCUAUCGUCGAAGGACGAAGUCCGUUAUGGGAAGGCGUUCCGCAUGAUCGCAAGGAGGCUAUCCGCGGGUUCCUUGUGUACUUUGAGAACGAAGUGCUAAGACGUGCACAUAAGAACUUCUCAUUCCGGAACGGGAGUAUUGGAAACUACUUCCUCGCAGCGGCUCAGGGCUUCUUUCGCUCGUUGCCUUCGGCGAUCUUCCUCUUUGCAUCGAUUACAAAUAGUCAAGCCAACAUCGUACCCGUGAUCGUGACCAAUCACACGGUGACCAUUGCUGCUGACUUGGAAGACAACACACGCUUGGUCGGGCAAUGCGAGAUCUCACAUCCCGUACAGCAGACUGGACCCCCCGAGCCAACCGGACUUGAUUUGGGUCUUCAAGACGCAUACGAGACCGCGACAACUGCCACCAACGUAGCGUUUACUGCUGAUUCCAAGGACGACUUCAUCCCGCUCGACGCACCCAUUCACAGGUUGCUAUACAUCAACGCCUAUGGACACGAGAUCUACCCAUCUCCGAACCCAGACUACUUGUCUAGCCUCUCAACGAACGAGGUGCUCGUCUAUUCCUGUGGAUCACUCUGGACGAGUAUCAUGCCAUGCUUGACACUCAAAGGCGUCGGUCCGGCCAUCGCACGGUCUCAUUCUCUCAAAGCGAAGGUUCUAUUCUUGAACUCUGAGAAUGACCGCGAGACUAUGGACUAUACAGCCGUCGACUACAUACAGGCAAUCGUCAAUGCUCUGAGUGCAAGAUAUCAAAACGAGCCAUACGGACUCGGCAAUGCAAAUACCAUCUUCCCUGUAUCGGCGUUCAUCACGCAUCUGGUACACCUACAAGGGUCUACGGUGCCCGUCGAUAUCGCUGCCAUUGCUAAACUGGGCGUACGAUGCGUUGAGGUCAAGAGCGAGUGCUAUGGGAAGAACGGGAUGCCCUUGUACGACGCUGCAUGCGCAGCUCUAGCCAUGAAGAAGGUUCUGGCCUAG